CCUGGCACAAUCUCGGAAAUAUCAUCUGAAUCUAUCAAAAAUAUUCUUUUGAGUUCGUUGCCAUGAUCUCUUCAAUGCUUUCUGUUCAAUGGCUUCUACUGAUCUUCAUAGUUAUAUCGAUCUCUGUCACUUCUACAAGCUCUAAGAUUCCAAGGCUUAGUCCAGUCAGAGGAACAGUUUUACUGGACCCUGAAAUUUUGUCAGCUCCUAUUUCGGAGGACUUCCAGACAUUUUUUUACACUCAAACACUUGAUCACUUUACCUACAGACCUGAAAGCUACUCCACUUUUCAACAACGAUAUGUAAUCAAUUUCAAGUACUGGGGUGGUUCAAAUUCUAAUGCUCCAAUCUUUGCAUAUCUUGGAGCCGAAGCACCCAUCGAUGGUGAUUUAUCAAUCAUCGGAUUCCUACCCGAUAAUGCCCUCCGGUUUAAAGCUCUCCUAGUAUAUAUAGAGCAUCGUUACUAUGGGAAAUCGAUCCCUUUUGCGUCGAGAGAAGAAGCCCUGAACAAUGCUAGCACGAUCGGGUAUUUCAGUUCAGCUCAAGCUAUUGCAGACUAUGCAGAAAUUAUCUUGCAUAUUAAGAAAAAAUAUCAAGCCGAAGAUUCGCCUGUGAUUGUCGUUGGAGGAUCAUACGGAGGAAUGCUUGCUUCGUGGUUUCGCCUGAAAUAUCCUCACGUAGCUCUCGGAGCUUUGGCCUCCUCUGCUCCAAUCCUGUAUUUCGAUGACAUAACGCCGCAGAAUGGAUAUUAUUCUGUUGUCACCAGGGAUUUCAGAGAAGCUAGUGAAACGUGCUACCGAACUAUACUAAAGUCUUGGUCUGAAAUCGAUAAAGUUGCUUCCACGCCCAAUGGUCUCUCAAUUCUUAGUGAGAAAUUCAGAACUUGCAAACCCUUGAAAGAAUCUUCAGAGCUCAAGGAUUUCUUGGAUUCUACGUAUGCUAAUGCAGCUCAAUAUAAUCAGCCACCAGAAUAUCCUGUUACCAUGGUGUGUGGGGGCAUUGAUGGGGCGCCUCCUGAAACUGAUUUACUUGGAAAAAUAUUUGCUGGUGUGGUUGGUUUUAGAGGAAAUAAAUCUUGCUAUGUUAAUGCUCCAAGAAAUGAAUCUGAAACGAGUGUGGGGUGGCAAUGGCAGACAUGUAGUGAAAUGGUGAUGCCGAUAGCGAGAGACAAUACGACAAUGUUCCCACCUAUGCCUUUCAAUAUAAGCAGCUUCAUCGACGAAUGCAGUCAAUCUUAUGGUGUCCCUCCUCGGCCUCAUUGGGUUACAUCAUAUUAUGGUGGCCAUGAUAUAAAACUAAUUCUCCAAAGAUUUUCCAGCAACAUAAUUUUCUCCAAUGGACUGAGAGAUCCUUAUAGUAGCGGCGGGGUGCUGAAAGACAUAUCGGAUAGUGUUGUCGCAGUUCAUACAGUCAAUGGUUCUCACUGCUUGGAUAUACUUCCAGCAAAUGCUACUAGUGACCCAGAUUGGCUGGUGAAGCAGCGUAAGAUUGAGGUAGAGAUUAUUGAAGGAUGGAUAGCCAAGUACAAUAAGGAUCUCCUAACAUUCAGGCAGUAAACGUCAUAACGACGGCAGGAAAUUGUAUCGUGAAUCAAAGCAAAAAAUUAUGUAUUAGUUCAAAGUAUUUAAUAAAAUCUAAAUUUAAUA